AUGCUCGUUACGCUUUCUGUCGCUGUUGUAUCCAUUCUGGCCACGUUGGUUGACGCCGCAGGUCCUCGUACGAAGUGUGUCGAGACAUACCGGCCAACAAAAACCGAUAGUUGCGCGUCCAUAUCGGCGUGGUCGCUUAUUCCGGUCUCGAGUAUCCAGAAUAUGAAUCCGGGCGUUUCAUGCAACGCACCCAUGAACACGCCGACCGUAUGCUUGCAACAAUUCAAACCGACGUGCACGCUCAACAGCACGGCCUGGGAGACGACAUGUAACGACCAGGCCAGCCACUUCAACCUGUCUGUCUCGGACUUCGUCUUGCUCAACGACAACGUCGACAACGCCUGCGACAACCUACAAAUCGGCAAUGACUACUGCGUAAGCACUGCAGACUGCUUCCCUGGUAAUACCGACCCGCUCUGCAGCGGCCACGAAGGUUGA